UAACGUUUCCAAAACUGCAGCGGACUGUACGACGAUUUCCUGAUUUCUCAGUGAUUUUGGUUCAAGUUUUGUUAUUAAAUUUAUUAGUUUUACGACGUUGCAUUUAAUCGGUUUGUAUUGAAAUGCAUUUGUUAUCAUUACUAUAAUCCUUCCCUCUUGGGAACAAUUAGCUAGUAACCCAAAAUGCUCGCCAAAAAGUUAAUGUGUGCACCCGGCUGGAGGACCUUCCACGGAAGCAGCAGUUACAUCAUUCGCAUCCGUGAUUACUCAUCUCAAAAACAAAGCGAUUCCGCUCAGCCGGAUUCGUCUCCACAGUCUGCCUCAGGUCAGUUCGAGUACAUAACCCUCCAGGAGCCGGAAUCCAGUCGCCAUCAGGCACGGCAAUCGGCCAGUUCCGGCAGCAAUGUGGCCAUCCGGCGAAUCAGUUUGCUGGAUCUGGCCAAAAGUAAACUUUACGAGGCUCAGUCGUUCUACAACGAAUUCAGCGGAAUGAGCGAAGUGAUUGCCGCCCAGAGCAAGGUGAUCGAAAUUCAGAACCAACUGCAGCUAGUGCAGGAACGUCGACGGCAUAUCCUGCUGGAGUUGACACUGAUCCGGAAGCAGCUGCAGGAUAUCCAUGUGGAGUUGCAGAAGGCCGUGCGCGGUGAGCAUCGGUACGUGGAACUGAUCAAGGAGGAGUUCGAUGUGAUGGCGCGGGAGAAGGAAAAGAAUCAGAUAUUCCAAAUCGUAGACCAGGAAGAGCGCGAGCUGUUUUCGCAUCUGACUGCGUCCGUUAAGACAUCGCACGAAAAGGAGCGAACGCAGGCCAACAACGUCAAAUACUGGUCCAUUAUUGGGUCCUGCGUGGGUGCCCUGCUGGGAAUCAUUGCCACUUCCAUCAACUAUUACUACAGGAAUACGCAGUUCGAGGCAAUCAAGAAGACCACCAGCGACGGAGUGGGACGGUUGACGGUGGUGGAUGAGAAAAUCAACGGUCUGGGAGAUCUGCUGAGGUACAUAGUGGAAUAUGUAGCGAUGAGAAAGCUGGAAGAUGAACGAGAACGCUUGAGGGCCAUCAAGGAGGCCGAGGAGCGGAAGCUAAGAGCAGCCGAGGGCUGGGGUAGUUAUCUGAAAAGGAACACAGCGCGGGUCUACAGGUAUUUUGUACCGCUGAGUAAUAAAUAGGAACAAUGAUUUAUUAUGCACAAUGUG